AUGUCAACCACGAACACAAAUACACCACCCAAGCUACGCGUAGCAGUUAUUGGGGCCGGCCCAGCAGGUCUGGGUGCAGCCAUCGAAUUUUCCAAAUUGCCCUUUGUGGACUUGCGCAUCUACGAACAGGCCCGCGAGCUCCGGGAAAUCGGCGCAGGGAUCAGCAUUCAACAGAAUACCUGGCGUAUGCUGGAUGUUUUCGGGGUGUAUGACAACGUCGAUCCAAAGGAUCUGUUUCGCCCGGCAGAUGGACAUGCGGUCCAGCAUCGAAACGGCCGAACGGGGGAGUUAUUGCUAUCCAAAGGCCAAGAACACACGCCUCCUCGCUAUCUUCAUGCCCGCGCACUCCGCUCCGUGCUCCAAAAAGCUCUCCUCAAGGGCGUCGACAAAUCCAAACUGCGACUGUCCAGCCGACUUGCCGAAGUUACCCAACUACCCUCCAGUGCAUUCUUCCUUCGCUUUGACGACGGCCACACCGACGAGGUUGAUCUCCUCGUUGGUGCAGAUGGUGUCCGAUCAGUAGUCCGACAGUUCAUCUAUCCCGACCAUCGCCUGAAAUACAUUGGCACAACAGCAUACCGCGCUCUAGCGGACGCCAGGGACAUUCUCAGCAUCCCCGGCAUUCCCGACUCGAUAACCGUCUGGCAUGGACCAGCCGAUCGACUAUAUACCUGUAACCUGAAUAACAAUGUCUACGAGAUCGCGGCGCGAGUUCCUCAAACUGCAGACACUGCGCCGGUUAGUUGGGGGCAGGAUGCGAGUGUGGAAGAGUUUAGCUGGAGAUACAAGGACUUCUCUCCUAUGCUGCAAAGUGUGCUUGAGAAAAUCAAAGAAGUUAAGAAAUUCGCCCUCUUCUCCGGACCGCGAUUGUCAAGGAUUAUUUCUCACGGCUCGAUCGCAUUGAUUGGGGAUGCGUCGCAUCGCGCCGGCGCCGGCUUUGCCCUCGAAGACGUCUAUGUCCUGACCCGGGCAGUGAAAUGGGCACACGACCGCGGGCUCCCGAUCAGCGAUGGCUUGGAAUUAUUUGACCGAGUUCGGGCUCCGCAUUAUGCAGCUAUGUAUGAGAUCCUGGACGGAUACAGCAAGGCAGACGUAACGGUCAAGGAAACGGACGGCUUCGACGAGGCCGUGUCGGUUAUCGUAGCGAAUAAGUGGGAUGAUGAUCAUGGUUGGUUGUAUCGGUAUAACGUUGAAGAAGCGUGGAGAAAGACUC